AUGGCUUCCGCCACUGGCAUCCCAGCCAGAAUACCUGGUGCGACAGAUACCAACCUCACGGAUGAGUCGGAACCUCUUCUCGGCAGACCCGGUGAUGCUCUGCAAAGGCCGGGCGACUCACUGAUCUCCAAUUUAUGGAAUGGAACGGGCUGGAUCGCUCAGGCUGGCGCGUUUUUACUUCUGGCUUUGAUCUGGUCCUCAGUCUUUUUGAACCCUCUGCUCCCGCUUUUCUCUCCUCAUCCUCUGUUACAGUCUUUGGGGGUCUUCACAGUGACCCAGGCCAUCCUGGUUCUCCAGCCGACCUGGACACCGGAAGAGAAAGUGGUAGGCGCCCGGGUCCAUGCGAGCCUCAACUUGCUCUCGUUCCUCCUCUUUACCGCUGGUGUCGUGAUGAUUGAAGUCAACAAGUUCAAAUCCAACGGCGUACAUUUCCACUCGGCACAUGGCUACCUUGGCGUGAUCACGGCUAUUGCUCUCCUCGUCCAGUACAUCUUCGGCUUCCUCAUGUGGGGUGUUCCGGCGGUGUUCGGCGGUGUGGACAACGCGAAAGCCCUCUGGAAAUAUCACCGCUGGUCCGGCUAUUCCCUCUACAUCCUGCUGUUGGCCACAGUCCUAAGCGCUACGGGCACGGACUACAACAAGAACGUGCUUGACAUCAAACUCUGGGCCGUCGUCGUGGCUGUUGUAUUGACGGUGCUAGGAGUGUAUCCCCGAAUCCACAAGAGAAAGUUGGGGAUUGACCGGUGGCUGGCAUACUGGAGAGGCGAGGACGCCUCUUAG